AUGCAUGAGCUGUCGACAGCUGCAAAUGAAAAAGAAAAUGAUGACACAAAAACAAUAAUAACUAUAGAUAAUAAUAAUAGUGAUAAUCAAGAGAAAUGGUAUACUAUAACAAGUCAAGUUUUUCUGCCAUUUAUGAUUGCUGGAUUUGGUAUGGUGGGUGCUGGACUUGUGCUUGAACGUGUUAAGACAUUGAAUUUAUUUCAAGAAAUACCAGAAAUAUAUAUACUUGUUCCAGCAUUACUCGGCUUGAAAGGCAAUUUAGAAAUGACAUUAGCUUCUCGUUUAUCUACACAAGCAAAUAUUGGAAAUAUGGAUAAAAGAAAUGAAUUAAAGAGUAUGAUUAUUGGCAAUAUAAUUUUAAUACAAUUACAAGCUAUUGUUGUUGGUUUUCUUGCUGCUAUUGUCUCAAUUACUAUGGGUUGGAUACCACAAGGUCAUUUUAAUCUCCGACAUGCUCUUGUUCUAUGUAGCAGUAGUGUUUCAACAGCAUCCAUCACUUCAUUAGUCUUAGGUACAAUUGUGAUCAUAGUUAUUGUUUUAUCACAUAAGUGUAAAAUUAAUCCAGAUAAUAUAGCUACACCUAUAGCUGCAUCACUUGGUGAUCUGACAACACUUAGUAUUUUAGCUGGUAUUGGCGGGUUUUUAUUUCAGGUUAUUGAUAAUUAUACAUGGUUACCAAUAAUAACAACAAUUUUAUUUUUAUUUCUAAUCCCAGUUUGGAUUAUGAUUAUAAUUAAAAAUGAAUAUGUUAAAGAUGUAUUGAUUCAUGGAUGGACGCCAAUUAUAGCUGCAAUGUUUAUUUCCAGUGCUGGUGGUAUAAUUCUUGACUUUGCUAUUCAAACACUCCGUGGUAUAGCUGUCUUUCAACCUGUAAUUAAUGGUGUUGGUGGUAAUUUAGUUGCUGUACAAGCAAGCAGAUUAUCAACUGCAUUUCAUCGACAAGAUAAAUCAAGAGAAUUUCAAAAUGAUACAGAUUAUGAUACUUCAACAAAUUGUCUAGAUCCAUAUAAAGUUUUUUGUUCAAAACAAAAUAAUUCAUCAACAGCACGAGUCCUAUUAUCUCUGGUUAUACCAGGACAUUUAACAUUUAUUUUUCUUAUUUGGCAAUUCACUGCUGAUCAUUUUCGUCUUUCAUUUCCUUUCAUUAUUCUUUAUCUCAUUGCGGCACUUAUCCAAGUUAUUAUUCUUCUUUAUAUUGCUCAAUGGAUGGUAGGUUUUGUUUGGCGACAAAAUCGAGAUCCAGAUAAUGUUUGCAUACCUUAUUUAACAGCGAUUGGAGAUCUUCUUGGUACUGCUCUGCUUACAUCUGUUUUUUUAAUUCUUUCAUAA